AUGCUUACGAACAACACGUCAGGGGCAUCAACAAAAUACAUUUUUGAAUGUGAUGGUUGUAGCAAAAAAUUUUCAACAAAAGACAUUCUCGCCAAACACAUUUCAUACAGUCAUAAGACGCAAAAGAACCAAAAGAACACCACUGCAGUUCGGGCACAAGUUGAACAAACUCCAGUACCACAAGUAACGGAAAUAUUUAAUUGUGAUAUUUACGAAUUUAAAACAUCUCAAAAACGUUGCAUUUUGGCACAUCUUAACGCGCACGUCGCUGAACAAGUGUACUGUUGUAAUAAUUGUGAUUAUAAAAGUAUAAAAAAAGAUCAUUUGCAAAAGCAUAUGAAAAUACAUACUGGAGAAAAACCUUUUUCAUGUAAUAUCUGUGAAUAUAAAUGUAUAGUAAAAAGUUAUUUGCAAAAGCAUAUGAAAAUACAUCCUGGAGAAAAACCUUUUUCAUGUAAUAUCUGUGAAUAUAAAUGUAUAGAAAAAAGUUAUUUGCAAAAGCAUAUGAGAGUACAUACUGGAGAAAAAUCUUUUUCAUGUAAUAUCUGUGAAUAUAAAUGUAUAGAAAAAAGGAAUUUGCAAAGGCAUAUGAAAAUACAUACUGGAGAAAAAUCUUUUUCGUGUAAUAUCUGUGAAUAUAAAUGUAUAGAGAAAAGUAGUUUGCAAUCACAUAUGAAAAUACAUACUGGAGAAAAAUCUUUUUCAUGUAAUAUCUGUGAAUAUAAAUGUAUUCAAAAAAGUGAUUUGCAAAGGCAUAUGAAAAUACAUACUGGAGAAAAACCUUUUUCAUGUAAUAUCUGUGAAUAUAAAUGUAUUCAAAAAAGUGUUUUGCAAAGGCAUAUGAAAAUACAUACUGGAGAAAAACCUUUUUCAUGUAAUAUCUGUGAAUAUAAAUGUAUUCAAAAAAGUGAUUUGCAAAGGCAUAUGAAAAUACAUACUGGAGAAAAACCUUUUUCAUGUAAUAUCUGUGAAUAUAAAUGUAUAGAAAAAAGGUACUUGCAAAAGCAUAUGAUAAUACAUACUGGAGAAAAACCUUUUUCAUGUAAUAUCUGUGAAUAUAAAUGUAUUACAAAAAGUGAUUUGCAAAGGCAUAUGAAAAUACAUACUGGAGAAAAACCUUUUUCAUGUAAUAUCUGUGAAUAUAAAUGUAUUACAAAAGAUAAGUUGCAAACACAUAUGAAAAUACAUACUGGAGAAAAACCUUUUUCGUGUCAUAUCUGUAAAUAUCAAUGUAUUCAAAAAAGUAAUUUACAAACACAUAUGAAAAUACAUACUGGAGAAAAAUCUUUUUCAUGUAAUAUCUGUGAAUAUAAAUGUAUUAGAAAAGAUAUGUUGCAAACACAUAUGAAAAUACAUACUGGAGAAAAGCCCUUUUCGUGUAAUAUCUGCGAAAAUAAAUGUAUUACAAAAAGUGUUUUGCAAAGGCAUAUGAAAACACACACUUGA